UCGUGGGGAAGAGUUGUAAGCAAGUACGAGAAAGUCUUUCAUCAAAGGCUAUUUACAAAGAAAUUUAAUUUUUUUGCUGUUAAAAAAAUUUAUAAGUUUUUUCGGUACGGCAAUUCUGUUUUCUGGUCGGUCGUUAUUUGCGAUUUCCAUUUGAUAUAUAAAGGCACACUGGACGUACGGCAGCUUCGUCGGUAACUACGGGGGUUGGUGUACAAAGUUUUCAGUGCGGUAAAUGGAGAAAACAUCAUUAAUCUAAUCCAAAGUUUUGUUUUGAUUCUCGCGACGGCGAUACGACUUCGCGUUGGACGUCGUACAUUUUUGUGGAAUAAACGUCUGGCUUCGUUUUGCCACCUAAUAUCGGAUAUAAAACUUAGAUACAUAUUGCAAAUUUCGGAAAAGGAAAUCUCUAUAUAAACAGUUUAUUUUUUGGCUAACGAAAAAAGUUAUUUAUAUGCUCAUAUCGUAGCUUGUGUGAACAACAUAAUGAUUUGCGUAUUGAUGGCCGAAUAAUAAAAUUAUGUGUUUUGAGGUAGGUUUUUCUUUGUGUAACCACGGCCGUCGAGGGAAAAUAUACUAGAUAUAAGUGAAAACAAAUUUUUUUAACCAAUAUUUGUACUUAUACAUGACUCAUAACUUCUAAAAAAUAUAAAAUAUUUGUGCAAAAAAAAAAUAAUUAUAAAUAUGUCUAUAGUUUUCCGUAAAGAAGUAUUGUGAUUUUUUGCGACAAAAGUUAUAUCUGCUGUGUUCAUAUAAUCGCCUUCUCCUCUCCCGUCAUAUCUGUGUAUUCGCAAAUAUGUGUAAUUAUGUGCACCUACGGUUUGCUACUAUGCAAUAGCAUACAUCUAAAGGUUUAAUUUGACUUUGCCCUGUAACAACAAGGUAACCAUUAAUGCGCAACGAAUAAGUUUCAGAAAUAACUUGUCAAAGUCGUUUUGGCACUAAAAGAAUAAUAAGGAAAAAAUAGAGGCUUAAUAAGCAAUUAAUGCAGCCAAGGAAUCAGAUCUAAAAGUCUAGAAUGAUGCAAAUAUUAUAUUGGAUGGCAUAAUGCUAUUUACCAUAUCAAAUUGAGGAUUGGGGUGCUAAAGGUGGACGCUGUUUCCUUUGAAGCGUUUAGCGAGCGUAUAUUAAACGAUAACAGUGACAAUAUUAGUGAAACCGGCAUCAACAAAAUGGAUAUAACUGAACGUGAACGGGAUCGCAAACGUAAACGUUAUUUAACUGAAGAAGAUCACAGCCGUAUAACACGCAACAAAUUGCAACAGCAGCACCAACUACAACAUGAACAAGAGCUCACGGAAAAGCUUCAAAUAGAGGCCCAAAGCCGUCUAGUAUGCAUGACAGACGAGGGUGAUAAAACAACAGUGUUUUCUAAGGACUUGCAUCUCUCAGAGUUUAUUUCAUCGAAUUACGACAGUAGCAAUAUCGAAGGCAGUAGUCCUUAUUCGAAAGAAGUCGAAGCACAUGCAAAAAAGCUACUGCGUUCAUCUAUAACUGGUCUCAAGCAAGCAACUGUCACAAAAGUUAGCAAGAGAAGUUAUGCUUUGGAACGCAAGCGCUUAAAACAAGAUGAAGACGCUAGUUACCGGGAUCAAAGUAAACGCGCGCUGAUAAAUAAAUAUCGCAAACGUAUGGCUCAAAAAGUAGUAAAAAAAUCGGAUAUUACAAGUUCUAAUUGCUGUGAGAAUGAUGCUCAUAAUGAACAUGCCGAUGGUUGUGAAAAUGGGCUUUUUAAUUCUGAUAACAGCAAUUCUAGAGAAAAGCUUGAAGGUGAAGAUAUGUUGGGGGACCAACUAGGUAAACAACGACUUGACACUGACACAUCAAGUGUGCUAGACUAUAAUAAUUUCGGAAUUCUAAACGAUAAUAAUAGUUUGAAAAUGCGGGAAACAUCAACUAAUUCACCUACACAAUAUACGGCCGGAAUGUUUUAUAAUGAAAAGGAGUGCACAGAUAGUAAUAGAUUUCAUAGUAAUCAGUAUUACGUUCAUAAUGAAACGCGUACUGAUGGUGCUACUACGAAAACAACAUCAAGCAAUCCUCGGACCUGGGAAGAAAAUGUGCCGUUCAAUCCAGAUAUGCAAUUGUCAAAACACCAAGAACUACAUCAACCCAAGCAACAGAAUUGUAACUUACACGAAUUCAAUGAGGCCGACCGUAAACCUGUGGCACCUUAUUCGACAUGCAUAGAUAGCACACAAGCAAACGGUCUAGCACAACGUGUCCAUCGCUAUAGAUAUGAUUCAAUGAAUACAACCCGUGAUGGAAACGAGCGAUCAGCAACGAAAACAAGCCCGAACGUUAACAGUGAUGUAGACUUAAAGCAAUAUGGUACAGCUGUCAGCUGUUGGCAACACAGUAAUACGAAUGGUAAUGUAAUUAAUUCUGAAAACAGUGCUAAUAAUAUUGAUAAUAACGAUAAGGGCUGCGCAAGUGAAAGCCCUGUUAGGGAAAAAAUAAAGAACUAUAAUAAAGAACAAACAUAUGUGUCCAGCCAAUUGCAUUGUAUAAAGGAUCAUAACAGCCAGCAGUCUAUGUAUACACAGGAGCGUUCAGGUGAUAGCAACUCACCGCAGCUGGCAGGGGUUGUGCCAACAUCCACAAAUAUUAAAGGCAUGAGUAAUUGCAAUACAUCUCCUAAUUUGAACGAAACUACACAUUCAACGCAGUCGCCACGAAGCCACAACAAAAAUGUAGAUGAUGUCUACGAUGAAGUUGAUAGUACCAGCACUAACGCUAAGACGAGCAAAGAUUCGAAUUAUGUUGACCAACAUGAUGUGGCGUAUAUCGAAAAAGCAGGAGUUAAUCGAUAUGCCUUAUCAUUAGGCGAAACCAGUAAGACCAAAAGCUCAGCAUUAAUAACAAUAUCAACAACUGCUACAAAUGUAAAUGAUAUAAGUGAUACAACAACUUGUACCACUUCCACUACCACUACUGCUACUACUACUACUACUUCUAUCAGUACUACCACAACUACAAAAGGUUGUGUAACAACAAAUGUUACUAUUAAUAAAAUUCCUAAUUCUCGUGUUAUAAAAUCAGAUUCUUCUGAAGUAAUAACAACACCAGUUGCAACUGUAAAUGCAGCUAGUACCGUUGAUAAUUGUGAAAACGGCAAACAUAUGGCACAAGUGCCAUCUACAAACAUAGUUAAUGACAAUGUGUUAGGCGAAAGUACUUAUAAUUUGAACAAUUCUCAGGAGUUGGGGGAAACUUUAUCAGCAUCAGCAACGGCUUACGCACCUCCACACAGCAACACGAGUCAAAAUUUAGAUAACCGCAAUGAGCCCUGGAACCCAACGCCUAACGAGCCCUACCAACGAUAUAACAAUAGCAAUCAUUUUUGCCAAUCCACUGUUGAUGGUGGUUCAGAGGCCUGCCUGUCGGCGACAGCUGAGUUGUGUUACAAGAUAUCAGACGAUACCAACGAGAAACCGUUAAAGGACCAACACCAACAGCAUGCUGUCAGCAAAGAAAAUGUCAUCGAUUUUAAUAAUAAAGAGCAUCAGAUGCAUUAUUCAAAAAAGCAGCACGGAAAUGAAUACAUAACGCGGCAGACCAUCGAUGCUUCUGUCUCACUGAUCGCCACGAAUAUCUACAAUACUGAAUUACAGUUACAACAGCAAAGACAAGGGAGUCAGGACAUUCAACACUAUAUGCAGGAGGAGCUAUGCCAACAAAUGCAGCACCAGCAGCGUCACCAACUACAGGAUCAUCAACAGCAAGAAGAGUUAAAUCGUCAUCAUCACCAUCACCACCAACAGCACUAUCCUCAUGAUGCAUCUCAAGUAGUACAACAAAGUUCCUUGCAUGAUUAUAACUUACAUAGCCACCCACAACAAUUACAUCCGUUGCAUGAUGCAUUGAGUCAUAGCCAUCAGCAGAUUCAACAUUUUGAGCAACAGCAUCAGCUUGGGCAAAGGCAUGAUGAGGAACAGCAGCAGCAUUUAAUUGCGUAUUUGCAUCACACUACCGAACAGACCCGACUGCAAGAACAAUUGCAACACCAUGAAUAUCAACAACAUCAGCAACAAUUUCAUCAAGAACAACAACACCUUCAUAAUCAACAUCAGCAACAACAACAACAAAUGCAGACAAAUUUCCUGUUAAUAACAAAAAAACAACAGCAUCCACAACCACAUAUAUCAAUGGAUUUGAAACGUAUAAAUCGUCCGCCACCCACUAGUAUUGAUGACCUCAUAAUAGACGAAUUCUCAGAAGAUCCCCAUGCAACCUAUAAACUUGGUCUUUCACCAAAUCACGUUAAGCAUGAAAAUCAAGAUGAUGGGUAUGAGACAAGCGCGGGCGAUGUGCUCACCCCAAAUUCUCACAGUUCAUCAACACAUUCGGUGACGCCACAACAUCAGAUUCAGCAUGGUAUCAAUAUUAUACCUCAACGGAAGUAUGAAGAGCAACAAAUGAAAAUACAGCAGCCUCUCCAAAGCACCACUGCUGGUGAUGUAAAAAACCAACAACAACAAUCGCCGCGGAAUAAUACACAAGGAACACUGCAAGGAAUGGACAAUACAGUUAAUCAAAGCGACGAAGUAUCAGGUUUAAACGGGAAGGAAAUUUUACCUGUGAAUUCAUAUUCCUAUAUGGAAGACAUAGCGGGAACAAUUACAGGAGUUUCCAAUACUAGUAACAGUGCAAAUAAAAGGAUUAUUAAUAUGCCGCAGGACUCACAACUUAAUAUUAAGACUGUUAAAAAUAGGGAUGCAACUGUAGAAUCUUAUAUGUGUGCACCCACUAAUAUAAUGAGUCAUAAUGUGAAUGAUAUGUAUAGUAUUCAAAAUCAACAACAACAACAACACCAAAACCAACCGCAACAAUUGCAUGCAGCCAACAACGAAUUACCCCAAUCAAUGGAUUAUAAUUUAAAAAUUAAACCAACAUCUGGAAAUGGAUUAGGCGAUGCUGAAAUGUUGGAACAGACUGUGAUAGAUCAAAACUUGCAUCAGCUGCAACUUCCCCAACAAUCCCACACGCCAAACCAAUUAAUUUUCACGGAAAACAAUGUGAUCCUCAGGCCACCACAAAAGAAGCGUGGUCGCAAAAAGAAAAUUCAGCCAAACACCGACAAUACAUUGCCGUUAUCUUUACAAUUUCUAACUGGCAGCAACGAAUGCGGUAUAGCGCCUGGUCCAAACGGAGAAUUGUCAUCCAUCUGCCUCGCAGACAACAAUUUAAAGAAUUCAAGUGAAAAUCAUGCUACCGGUCUGCUUAAGUCGAAGGAGCGCAAGAAACACGACCGUUUCAACGGAAUGUCCGAAGAGGAAGUCGUUAAGCGUACACUACCCGACCAUUUAUGUGAAAAUCUUGAUAUAGUCAUAAUUGGAAUUAACCCUGGCUUAUUUGCUGCAUAUAAAGGGCAUCAUUAUGCUGGACCUGGCAACCAUUUUUGGAAAUGCUUAUACCUUUCCGGUCUUACAAGAGAACAAAUGAGCGCUGAACAGGAUUACAAACUAUUAAAAUACGGUAUUGGAUUCACAAAUAUGGUACAACGUGCCACUAAGGGCUCUGCCGACCUUACCCGUAAGGAAAUCAAAGAGGGUAGCCGCAUUUUAGUUGAAAAGCUUCAGCGAUUUCGUCCUAAAAUUGCCGUAUUUAAUGGGAAAUUAAUAUUUGAAGUCUUUUCUGGAAAGAAAGACUUUAAUUUUGGUCGCCAGCCAGAGUGCGUAGAGGGUACCGAUACCUAUGUAUGGGUUAUGCCAUCAUCAUCGGCAAGAUGCGCACAGUUGCCGCGGGCAGCAGAUAAGGUUCCCUUCUAUGCUGCGCUUAAAAAGUUUCGGGACUACUUGAAUGGAUUAAUACCACAUAUGGACGAGUCGGAAUGUAUAUUCACAGAACAAAGAAUUAAGCAGGUUUGUGAGCAAGAGAAUGAGAAGAAUUCUGUUACUAUCACUUCAGCAGUAGAGGUUUUAUGUGGAACUCAUAGUGGUGCGGGUAUACUUAAUGCAACAGACGGCAUGGCCAUUGCAUACAAAAUUAUGCCAAUGCGUCCAAUGAACGACGAUGAAACAGGUGCGUCCACGCAAUAUCAUGGAGCCGGUGCCGAUGAGAUAGGCAAUGAUAUCACUGGACUUUGUGUCGAUGCUGCCAAUUGUGGUGGUUGCCCUAACACUAGCAACGGCAGUGGCGCCGUGAUGAACAAUGGUGGAGGUAUCAGCAGAGAUAGUAGUACUAUGCCGAAUGAGAGUUGUUCUAUCCGCCAGGAGCAGGAGAAAUUUCCUAGAUUUCAAGGGAGUUCUACGGAAUCUACCUACAUAUAUACGACAAAUGAGAGUGAACGUGGACACAAUAUUACGGCUCAUACGGCUGGUACUGGACCAGCGCCAUCAUUACCGCCAGGCACUUCAGUUAUAGGUUCCAGUAUACAGCAACGAAAUGAAAACUACAUGAUAACUGGAAGUUACGUACAACCGCCACCGGGGAAAAAAAAACGGGGGCGUCCAAAAAAAGUUAAAGACGUGGACUCAAUUGAUACAGUCGCUCGUAAUCGCAUGCAAAUUUUGGGACAAAUGUCCAGUACUAACGAUUUUGGCAACAUAUUGAAUUUGUCAAUGAUGGGUGGUGGCGUACCUGGUCAAUGUGGCAACGAUGCCCUGUUGGGUAGUGCCGGUGUCGGCAUAGUCAACGGUAACUGUGAGACCCCAAAGAAGAAGCGCGGCAGACCAAAGAAAGUGAAACCAACAAAUGAAGCACAGCAAAAUCAAAAUACAUUAAUACAUGGAGAGUCACAUGCAAUACCAAUUCCGGCACUUAGCGGCGUGGAUAAUAAUUUGUCUAAACGCAUGAAUCAACAAGUAAAUGCAAUUUAUUGCAAUAAGGAAAUGCCAAAGCAGCAACAACAGUCGACGCAACAAAUGUACACAUCAAGUUCGCCAAUGAGAUCACCAGCGCUAAAUUGUUCAUAUUCUGGUAUAACACCGCCGACUUCAACGCAAUCUACAUCGCCCAUAAAUCAACAGAAUUGCGAUAAAUUGCAUGAGAAUGUCAGUAGCAUCAUGGAAAAUCCCACGAACUUAGCAGCACCUCACAGGGAUACUAGCGGCAACAACAGCAAUAGCUAUUACAGCAGUAAACAUAUUGCUGUCAUAAACUCGAAUGGCUCGGAACUCCAUGAUGAAUCAAAUGUACCCACGCCACACGGUAUAACUUCAAAUGAACUUGUAAAUGAAAUGCCAGCCAACGCAACUAUACAAGUAUCUAUAACUGCCCCUCACGAAACGCAAUUGGGUGAGUCUCCACCUCCAAGCUCACCAAACAUAUGUACAGUAGACUUUGAACCGCCAGCAGUAGGUGGGGCUCUUGCAAAUGAAAACGGUACAGAAAUACGUCAUCGGCGGCCAAUUGAAAUUGAAUCACGUAUACAACAACAUCAGCAGUUGCAACAGGGCACUCCAUAUGCUAGUCCGGUAAACGAGUCAUCGUCUGAACAUCAAGGGAACGAUCACUAUCAGCAAUGGUUGUCACCGCACACAGCCAUUUCAUUGUCAGCACAAUAUACUCUUCACCAACCAGAACAAAUACAACAACAAGAACAGAUUUUGAAUUUUGAGCAACAGCAGUUGCAUCAUAUGCAUCAACUACAGCAUUCAGUACACCGGGAACAAUCAACAACGCCUAUGCAUGCACAAUGGUUGCGGCAGCACCGCUACGAUGAUAUCGUUGGUGGUAAUUAUAGCGUCACAUCACCACAUUUACAUCACCAGCAGCAGCAGCAAAGACAGCAUCAUGUGCCGCACCUUAAUCAGCAACAACAGCAAAAUAGUAGUGAGAAUCUGCACAGUCAUAUGUCGCAUCAUCACUCACGUUUACCUACAGAUUUGACCAGCAAAAGCCUCUCUGGCCUGGAGUCACUAGUCGAUCAAAUUCCUUCUCUGUCAGAUAAUAACUCAGUACCCAUACCACCAGCGAUAGAAAAUAGCGGGGUAAAUGCAGCAGUUGAGAGUCGCUUACAAAGUUUACAGCAAGAGCAACAACAACAGCAUAUUCAUCAGCGACAACCGCACAUGAUUGCAAUUGAUACAUCGGUUGACAUACAUACCGAUCCUUAUUGCACACCAAACAGCACAAUAAAUGCGAUUCCUGCUGUAUCCGAUACGAUUGAUACAAUAGCGGCUAACAAUAGCAGCGGCAGCAACACCCCGCUUCCAGUUAAUGGUUUAUAUAGCGCGAAUUCUCCGCGCAAUUAUAGUAUUCAUCGACUUAAUUCCUCAGCUGCGUCAUCACCAAUAAUGAUGUCACCCCACCAUCAUCAGACACAACAACAGCAAGUUUCGUUACAUCAACCUUACGGAAAUUCAGUAAGCACGCCCCUAAUAUCAGAUGUUUUAUUAUCUUCAACGCCAAUGACGAGCUCAGCUAGCCAUACAAAUAGUCCAGCCGACAAUAGUUUGGUUGAAGAAUCUGCAAACGCAUGCACAGCAACAAGCAGUGGGACUAUCAAUACUUCAACAGCACCAAUCAGCCUGUAUAACAACGUAACAACCACGAAUAUACACAAUAUGAGUUCCAAUAACUUUUCAGUAAGCAAUUUAGCCGCCUCAUCUGUUACGCCCAUUAAUAGUUGUAGCAGCCACAACAAUUAUGCUUCAUUGUCGACAACAACAUCGGCAGCUGCCGCAAGCAAUGUAUAUCACCAUACAAACUUUAUUGCCGCUGCUGCCUUAGCUGCUGCCGCUGUGAAUUCACCCACCAAUCAUUUACAGACAUCAGCCAGCACUGCCGCUGCCGUGGCGGCUCAUCACGCAGCGCACCACCAUGUUGCGCAUCAACAAAUGUAUUCACAUGCACAUUUGCCCCCGCAUAUGGCAGGCGUUAAUUCAAUGUAUGCUCCAGCACCGACACAUCAUCAUCACCAUUUGACACAUCACCCGGUACACCAUCAUCAUCACUCACCAUACGGUGCAACAGUGCAACACAGUACUAAUAACGAUUACGGCAAUCCUUAUUGUACGACCACCGUUACCGCUGCACCACAAAAUGCUCCUAUCCAUUUACAUAGUCCCAAUUAUCCCUACAGUUAUGGAAGUCAAGUAGCUGUUGCAGCAGCAGCUGCAGCCCAGAGUAAUUAUCCCACAGCAAUGCAUCCUCAUCAUACACAGUCCCCGGAAGCGAGCGCACCACCACCACCUGGUGCGGUUACCGCCGCUGCGGCAGCUGCAGCUGCAGCCGCUGCUGCUGCCGUUUAUCAUACUCAUCACCCCGGUCAUCAUCCUCAUGCAACACAUCCGUUAUCGAUGUUUGAUCGACUGAAACCUUCCGAUAUAAGUGGUUAUGGCGGGUUCUGAUGAUGAACAAAAAA